AUGAUCGAACCAUGCAGGAAAGAAGAUGACACCACCACCACAACAGCAGUUAUCAACCAGCCUGGGCCAGAGACUGUCAAUGACUCAAAGCAACAGCAAGCUGAGGAAGAGUACUUUGAGCGGCGAAUCGAGUUUGAGGCACCUGAAGUUCUAAAACUGUUUCCCAAGUUUAAGGGAGAUAAAGAGGCUCAGCCCGGGCUGAAGAUUCUUCAAAAAUGGGACUCUGACGAGUCGGGCGUCGUCUGGGACGCCUCGCUGCUGCUGGCCAAGUACCUGGAACGGUUGGCGGCUUCAAAAGAUGAUAGCUCCAAAAAGAGAAGCCUCUUCAGCGAAGCGAAAGCCGUCGAACUUGGAAGCGGCACCGGCUUCCUCGGCCUCUGGCUCGCCGCCAUGGGCGCCCGAGUGCUGCUCACCGAUCUGCCCUCGAAUCUGGAGCUGAUGAAGCAGAAUUUGAAGCUCAACUCUUCUUCAGCACAAAAAGACGGACUCAUCAUCGAGGAAGACCUCGUGAGCAUCGCCGCCUUUGACUGGCUGGACGGCAGUCAGCGGCAAACGGAGCGGGACUUUCUCGGCUGGGCGCCAAUCAGGGCCAUUGACUACUUUAUCGUCUCCGAUUGUCUCUACUACAAAGAG